AUGUCGUGUCUGCUCAUUUCCAAGCGAAGCAACAUCUUACCCGGGUGCAGCAUCUAUCUAAGCAUCAGUCUUUCUUUCUUUCUUUCUUUCCUUCAUUCUUUCUUUCUUUCUUUCUAUCUUUGCUUCGAUCUUUUUCGGUAUCUAUCUAUAUAUUUAUCCAUCUAUCUAUUUAUGUUCUAUUCUUUCUCAUGUCGUCUAUCUAUCUAUCUAUCUAUCUAUAUAUCUAUCUCUCUAUCUAUAUAUAUAAUACCGCUCAUAUCUAUCUAUCUAUCUAUCUAUCUAUCUAUCUAUCUAUCUAUCUAUCUAUCUAUCUCUCUUUCGUUUCUGAAAUUUCUCUUUCGAAAAUCUCCAUCUAUCUAUCUAUCUAUCUAUCUCUUUUCCCUGUCUUCGUUUACUCCUUUUAUAUAUCUUUUGAUACUCAAACAAUUCUUUUUAUCCUCAUCCUAUCACCAUUCCAAUUCUUCUCCCUAUGAUUUUCCUGUCCUUGCCGCUUGCAACCUCCUUACAAUUUAUAAUACACCUCAUACACGUCAUUCUCUUCCUAACACUCUCCACCCCCUACUUUCAGCUUAUUUUCACCCUCCUCCUCCUUCUCUUCUCACAUUAAUACCUUCUUCUCUCUACACCCUCUCUAUAUAUAAAUAUAUCUCUACAGCUCCUCCCACCUCUUCUAUCUUCUGGCAAUUAUACACUUUCCUCUCACCGCCACCUACUUGCUUCAGCUCCUACAACCCCUUUUAUCUUACUACAUUUAUAUGCAAGUUCUUCUUCUUAAGACACUUCACCACCUACCUCCGUAUUUCUCCUCAACUACUCCCAUCACUUUUAGCUUCAUACCUCUCCUCCCACCAUUGUCUUCCUACAUUUUUAUUGUUCCUCCUUUUCUUCCUACUUCUCAUUAAACACCGACUUUCUUCCUCUUAUUUCUAUCUUCUAAUCAAAUCGCUCUCUUUUUACUCCCUCGUCCUUCUACCUUUUCUCUCUCCUCCCACUUUAUUCCAACUUGCCAUCUCCCAGUCUGCUCAACAUACACCCGACCUUCCUUCAUCUCAACUCUCUUCCUUGACCAUCCUCUGUUUUUCAUCCCCCACCUGUCUUUUUACUCAUCCCAUCACUCCCGUUCAUUGGUCUUUCUUUCAUUCGUUAUCUCUCUUACUCAAUCUCUCUCUUACUUGCCCACCUACUUACGUACUUUUUUCUACUCUUACAACUACUCUUAUUCUCCUCCUACUUAUGGCCAUUCUUACCGUCCUCUUCAUGCCCCUCCUACGUAUCCUUCUUACUCUUCCCCCUCAAACAUGUACCUUCUUUUCUCAACCUUGUCAGCGUUCUAUCCUGCGUAUCUUUCGUCCUCCUUUUACCACUCCCACUCAUCUUCAUUUUUCCCCCCUCUUCCCAUUCCUAUUUCUAAUCCUCCUACUUUUGCGUUAUCCUUUAUUCACUACUACUUACGCCCUUUUUUGUAUAUAUCUUUAUCAUCCAGUGCUUUUCAUCUGA